AAAAAGCUGUCACAACAAUCGUCAUGUGAUUGACUGAUACGGAACAAAUCCAAGCGAAGAUGAUAAGUGAUAAAAACCUGCUUUAAAUCCAAACACUUGCAACAAUGUGUGGAUGGACGCGUGGAUCAGGUACAUGUGUCACACUGCAAAGUCAAUAUUAGUUUCUGAAGGUGGUUACGGGUUUCACCUGCGCAUCCUCACAACUUUAUCUCUAUGUGACGGCACCCAAGCUGUUGCAAUUUAGAAUAUCAGCCACUUGUCAUGUUAAUGAGGGCUAAAUAAAGCUGAGACAGAAAAUGGCCGGUGUGAAAACUGCUGAGCUGAUCGUCAUCUGUUUCAUGCUGCUACAAGGCUUUGUGGCAGCUUUCAACUGCACCAGCCCAACUCCUGCCGCCCUGUUUGAUGAACUCGCAAAACAUUUGUUCUCUAACAAACUGCUGCAUCCCGUCGAAACCUUUGCAAAGCCAAUAAACAUAUCCAUCAGCAUAACAGUGGCAGGAAUUUUAGGAGUGGAUGAAAAAACCCAAACACUGUCUUCAGUCUUAUGGCAGGUCCUGGAGUGGGAUAUCGAAGGACUGAACUGGGAUGAGAAGGAAUGUGCAGCUAAAAGAGUUUCGGUUCCUCGGGACAACCUUUGGGUCCCAGACAUUCAAAUAAAACAGCUGUAAGUUUAAUGAAUUUUGUAAAUCAAGUCGAAGAAAUUAACUUUUAAUUAAAACACUAAAAAUGUCAGAAAUGACAAAGCAGUCAUGAGAGACAUCGACGUCGACAUCAGGCUGAGCUGGAAGACCAA